UGAUGGCCCAGUCUUCCUGGCACCACCAUGCUGUAGCCUUGGGCGCUCUACUCCUUCAGUCGUAGCCUGAUCUCCGGGCCUGCUGCACCAGCUUCGUAAGCUCGUCCAGCACCAUAUCCAAUGCAAGGGCGUUCAGAGUAUCAGGAAGAGCUGGCCAGCAAAGUCUAAAGAGCACUUCAUGGAACCAAGGCGAAGCGCGACCAGCAGAUGGCGCCUAGGGAAAUGAGGGUUAAUCUGUUGUGAGAGACCACAAUGUUGCGCUUCUACAUUCAUUAUGAGGGGUCUCCUGAGCAUACGCACCUUGCAAAAGUGCCUCAGAACUCUGACCAGACGUUGGCUUCCCUGAGGGACGAGUUUGUCCAAGCAUACAAUGCCAAGCAUGGUGCAGAGCACUUGCUGGAUGCGAGCAACUUAAAUCUGCGGAAUGAAAAGCGUCGACUCCUUGAUGUUAGCAGCCCGGUCGUGAAGGCAAUCCGCGAUCGGGCUGACCUUUUCAUAGUCAGGCGAGAAGGAGAGAGAGACCAAAGUGCAGCACAAUUGGCAAGUCGUGGGAGCUCUAGCGGGCAAGCAGUCGAGGAGAAACCGCCACCAAUCCCAUCGGUUGCCAGCACUCGUUUAUCCUCUCUAAAUGAUCCUGACGCUGUCCACUCGAAAAGUGGCGUCAACGCUCAUGGCACUGAUGAUAAGCAAGGUUCCGCUGGUCCGGAUGGCCCUAUCAGAGCAAGUCUGGAAGGUUGCCAGAGCAAAAAGUCUCUGAAUGACAGUGUGGAAGUUUCGACAGCGGCAGAGAAAGCGAGCGGAGGCCCUUCUGCUGGAAAAGCAGCUGUGUCUUCUGUGGACGAGAUCAGGGCGGCAUCUGAGCGCAGUCUUUCGGAGCCACUUGUCAGAGCGCUUUUGACCAAAGGGCUGGAGGCACAGGAGGCACAGAACUACAGGCAGGCCACCAAGUUCUUUGAGGAUGUGCUGCAGUUUGUUCCCAAGCAGCAGAUCUGCCUCCGAGCACUUGCCUCCAUGGCACUGGCAGCCAGCAAGUUUCAGCGCGCAAAGAGAUGGCUUACAGAGGCUCUGGAGAUUUAUCCAGCGGAUGCAGGAUUCCGUACACGUUUGGGAGACGCUUUCCUCGGCAUAAGCGAUUACGAAUCAGCUGUCAGAGAAUACGCCAUAGCGCUCGAGAUCCUGGAAAGACGCCCCCCCGCCCAAAAAGAACCCUCCAUAACCCUGAGAACCAGCGUCCCGAGCUCUUAUCCCGGCAGCAACUACCAGAUGGGGAUUCCCUACUACCUGCUGAACAAAAGGCGAGAGCGAAGGGAGAAUGCAGGCGAUCUGACGGUGCCACAUGCGGGGGAUCUGAGGGGGGGUGUGACGGAAAACGAGGUGCGGUGCAGUAUGGUGCGAGCGCUGUACGCGGCGGGGGCGAAGGAGGCGGCGGUUAACCUCGUGACGAAGACUCUGGGGGGCAAGGAGGACAACUUUGGGAUGCUGUUCGAGUACUCCCUGAUUGCGGCAGACAACCACAUGCACGAGGACGCGAUGCGCGCGCUACUGAAGCUGCUGGUGGUGCGUCAGGACCACCGGGGGGUGCGGGAACGGCUCGCCGCUCUAGUUCGUCGCCCGGGGGGCUUCGAGAUGCUCCAGAAGGAGACGGGGGGGGCGAACUCGGAGCCGGCAGCGCAGGCGUUCAUGGCGGGCGUACUCAAAGACUACGGCCUGCUGCGCGAAGCAGCGACGUUGUACGGACGUGCGGCCACGCUCGCGCCGCGGUCCGUUUCGUACGCCCUCAACUGGCUCCACGCGCUCGAGCUGUGCAAGGAGCCCGUCAAAGCGCUCGAGGUCGCUCGGAAGUUUAUCCGCCAGAACGGACAUCUCUCCUUCGGACGCGCGCUCUCUCUCAGCGAAGUCUCCGAGUGCCUGCAAGACCUCCCGCUGGAUUCGAUGGACUUAAAAUUGCACCCCGGGUUUACCGUCUUCCGUAACUUCGACGUCGAAGCACACAAAAUGGCACCAUCCGUCCCUUCGAAGGCUCCGCUGGAAAGCACUGGCACGCAAGAAACGUCCGAAAGUUCGAACACAGGUGCGACGGAAGAAGGGGUAACAGACGCAUUGAAAGCAAACGGGUCAGGCGCGGGGGAGACCGACAUCGAUGUGGAAGAGAUUGUGUCGCCUGGAGUGGCCCGCGUCCGAUUAGCCGCAGAAAAGAGUGACGCAAACGGCUCCUCAGCUCAAGCCAACGGCAAUUCCUCGCAAAACGGCGCCACACCUGCCCACGAAGCGGAACCUCUAGCGGGUUCGUCGGCCCCAGCAAAGAUCGCCUACGGCUCGGAACAGCUAGACGUCCUGGCGGUCCUGUUCACUGUCGUCAAGAUCCUGUACCUAGGCGGAGCGGUCGAGAGAGCGCGACAGCUGGCAGAAAAAGUGGAAAAGGCGCGCGCGCUUUCCGAGAAGGCGCUCCACGAGACGAUGGUCCGCAACGAGGCGGCGUACUUCGGGUGCAUCUACCAGGUGUUCACGGAGUACCCGUUAUCGCGGCCAUUACCGCCCGCUGACAGCUUCCCCCCCCUUUACCUGGUCGGCGACAGCCACUGCCUGACCCCCGCGUGGCGGACCGUCGAGCUGCGCGGCGCCCCUCGCCUGCUGGCGCCGCUCCUGGUGACGGGGCUCAAGUGUUGGCACCUGCGGGACGAGAGCGUCUUCUACCCCAAGAUCCAGUUUGAAAACGUUAUUGCGAGCAUCCCGCAGAACGCCCACGUGAUAAUGAUGUUUGGGGAGAUUGACUGCCGGGAAGGGAUCGUGGUCUCGGUCGACAAAGGCCGCUACAAGGACCUGGAAGAAGGGGUGACCGCCACGGUUAACAUCUACGUCAAGGUCCUCCGCAGGCUGGUGCGCGAGCGGGGCUUCGAGAUCUUCGUGCACCCGCCGCCGGCGGUUCUGGACGAGACCAGGAACAUCGUCAGCUUGUUUUCGCGGGUUCUCAAGCGGAAAGUAUUGGCUGCGUCCCGGGCAAUUGAGGAUGGCAAAAGCAGCAGCACGCAGGAUAGACCAUCCGGCGCUUUGCACUGGCUCGACUUCUUUGAUGACUAUCUCGACAGUCAAGGCCGAUUGAAGGAGCGAUACAAAUUGGACGGAACCCACAUGAGUCCGCUGUAUGUCGAGCUUCUGGACCGCGAGCUUAAAAAGGUACCAACAUGAGAGCAGGAGCAAGCUCGUGACAAUAGGAGCAGUACAGGGCGAACAGAAAGUACUUUGAGGUCAAUGGUAUGAAGAGAUACGAGGACACUGCAGCCCCAGCCUGGACGGCCGCUCUUCUGAACAUGUCGCUCAGGUCUGAAUCUUGACGGCUUCGCGCGUUCAAUACAUCAUAUUUGAUAACAUGAUAGGUGCGUCUGUUCGUCAACUCGUAGCACAAUUCUUAAUCGUUUGUUAGCCAG